ACCAAACAAACAAAAAAAACAAAGCAGCAAAGCACCCCAAAGCAGGCACACCUUCAGGGACCAGCAUCCUGCCUCUCAACCUACUCUGAAGUUAGAGACUCCCCCCAAACCUCCCUCGUUUAAUAUCCAGUCUACCAGAACUCUCCUAAGCCAAUUAAGCCCCCACACCUUCAAAGUCAAGGGAGGAAGGAGCUUUCUGAAGCAGCCCGGCCCCACCUCAUGGCUCUUCCCACCUCCCUCUGUCCCUGCGCUGAUGCUUCGCCUGGGAGCGGGCAGAGCACCAUAGCGGGGUGCACAUGGAUCGGCUAUGACCCAAACCCCCCCACAGCUUUCUCCUUAACCCUCUCCUGGCUCCUCGCGCCUCCCGAUGGCCUCAGCCCCGGAGCGGGCACGGACCGCCCCUUCCUCCGCGUCGCGGCCGCCGCCGGGAUCCGGGAUCCGGGAUCUCCGCCAUGCCGGAAAGCAAAAAGCACGUGCGAGAGAAGGAAAUUAGGACCCGUCUGGUGCCAAAGGUUGAAGGCAAAUGAUUAGUUACAGCCAAGCACGUUUGUGUUGACCCAGUGUCUCUCACAGAGGCCUUGUAGACACAAGAAGAAUAAGGGUGAGGAAGCAAUGCAAACCUCGCAGACUAAGGACAGUGAGUAGUUGGAGGCAGGAGAUUUGCUUCUCCUGGGCUCCCCUGGGCAAGUGGAGUGAAUCCAGCAGAGGCCACAGAGAUGGCAACCUGUGCUGACCCUGGAGGUAGCCAGCCAGACAGUCUCCAAAGUUCCCUCAGGAUUAUGCUGUGAGGGACAGCGCAAGGACACCCUAAGGAGGAGUAUCAAGAGCUCUCUGUUCCCUGUGGAUCCCUUAGUGGCAUGUGUGGACCUUUUGGCUGGGGAGGCUUUGAACCCACCUCCUCAAGGGAAAAGAAACACGAGUUCUUUGUGGACAUGACCUGCGAAGGCUGCUCCAAGGCGGUCACCCGUGUCCUGGACAGGCUGGGAGGUGUCCAGUUUGAUAUUGACCUGCCCAACAAGAAGGUGUUCAUCGACUCGGAGCACAACGUUGACACCCUGUUGGAAACCCUGAAGAAGACUGGAAAGAACACUUCCUACCUCGGGGAGAAGUCUGCACAGUAGCCUUGCCUGGUGUGAGGAGGAACUCAAACAUGGCUUCAGCAAAAAGAUGGCUUAACUGUUUGCAUGUCUCCCAGCUUGCUGUGUCAUUUGACCUGUGCCAGAUGUCAUAAAGCAGAAGGCUGGCAGGAGGAGACAGCUGCAUCUUGGGCUUUAGAAAUCCAGAGGAGGAGGUUAUGUUUUGUUUCUAGUCCCACAGUAAAUCGAGGCGCUGCUUUUAACUUUCA